AUGGAUACCUCUAGCACUUCGACUGUCUGGGAAACUAUCACCCCCGUCACCCUGACGUCGACUAGCCUAAGCACCCAGGUAGAUACCUUGCUCACCACUGCCACGGCGUCUACGACUCUCUUCGUUCAGACCAAGACCGUUACCGCCACUGUCACCGCUGCGCCGAUCCUCCAAAAGCGCGGUACCGAGGCCACUCUCGACAUUACCGAUCUUGUCAUCCGCACUGCUCCCCAGGAGAAGCGUCAGGUCACCGUCGCGGCCUUGGUACAGCCCACAUAUGCCACCGCCUGUAGCACCCUGGGUGCCUACGCCUCAGCCUGCUCUUGCAUUGGCGUCACAGCGACCACCAUCACUGCCGAGACUCCCACUAUCGUCGUGACUUCCACCUCGACUGCCACCGGUCAGGCCACCAUCGGUUCGGUUCAGACUGUUACGACUACGAUCUCCCAGACUAUCACGGAGACCGCGUCUCAGACCUCCAUCAUUGCCGCCGCGGCGACUGUCUACCCUAUUCCCUCCCUCUUCAAGCUCAAGAUGGUCGGUGCCGGCCAAGAUGGCAAGUACCUCGCCUCCGGCAACCCUGUCACCGUGCAGAGCGCCAGUACCGCCUACGUCUUCAAGCUUGAUGGCACAAAGUGGAUCCGCAGUACCGACAGCCUCGUUGCCAACACCGGCCGCAACCCUACGUCUAGCGUGUAUUUCGACACCGUUCCCGCGACCCUAACCUCGGCCUGGAACCCGCUCUCUUGUGGUAUCUCGGCUACCACCCUCGAGUUCACCUGCACUACCCCCCAGCAGACCUCCUUCCAGUACUGUUCUCUCAACAAGCAGUUCAUCAUCGCGAGCUCUGCCAUCUUGGGAUGUGAGUCGGUCAAGCUUAUUGCCAUCAAGGCCUAA